UGUUAUCUUUAUAAAAGCUCGUGAAUUGUUUCGUUUUAAUAAUUGAUAAAGCCCUUUUAACAAUAGAAUCAUUACCUAAGCUGAAUAAAUCUCCUUAGUCAGAUAAAAGGAUGAUAAUAAUGAGGAGCAGACGAACCACCUAUUUUGUAAAUAAACCCUUGAAUUGUAAACCAAUAACACACUUCUUAAACAAUACGUACGCAGGUACCUCUAUGUAUAUUUUGUUAAACAAUGGGCUUCCGCACCGCAGGUACCAAAUUUUACCUCUUCGACUCACACAAUGGACCCACAUAUAUCUGUACAAAAUUUUACCUGCUCGACCUAACGCCGAAUAGUAUAAAUAUGAAGAACUUUUCCACUCAACAUCAUUACAAUAUCAGUUCCUGACACUGAAACAUCAACACUUUCAACAACUUACAAUUGUGGAACUAUCCCUAAACGGCAGUGCAAAUAUUAAAAUGGAAGACAAAUCGUCGGAAUUGUCAAAUAUGGACUUAUCUCUGAACAACAGUGUGAAUAUAAAAAUGAACAACGAGUCCUCAGAACUUACAAUUAUGGAUCUAUCUCUGAACGGCAAAGCGAAUAUUAAAAUGGAAGACGAAUCGUCGGAAGUAGCACUCGAUUUACGAAAACCCAACGUAAAGCGCCGACGUGAAUUUGAAAAGCAAUUCAAUCGUGAAGAGAAAAAAUUAAAAUUGGACGAAAUCAUUCUACCAGACCAAGAAGAGACACCGCGCAAUGAAGUAGACACAGCAACGGUACAGAAUUUACUUUACCUUAAUAUGCUUCAAACAAUUAUGCAAACAAUACGUAUGAUGAGAGAGCCGGUUAACACUGAGUUUCAAUCGGUGUUAUCGCAUCCAAUGAGUAACGACAAUGUUGAAGGCGAUUAUAGAAUAAUACCAUGCACAAGUAUUAAAGCAGAGCCAAUAAACUUAACGAAGACCUCUACCACAGGAAACUCGUUCGUUGAGACACUAUCGUCUUCGUCGAUGCAAUCAGGGCCUGUCAUAAAUCAAGCCCCACAUGUCAGUGAGGGCAUCAUCAUUAAACAAGAACCGACGGAUCAGGAAAACAUAUCUCCUAAUGUUUCGAAUACGGAUUACCAAAGCUUAAGUCCAGAGAAUGAGGAAUCGCCUGAUGUUGAAAUAGGUCCAUAUGGCACACGUGUUUCUAAAAAAGAUUUGGCGAAAAUAAACGGUAUGGAUGUUUCAAUAGCCACGCGGACACUAUUGACUUUAAUCUUUGACCGGCAGACUUUAGCGACACACACACUCAGUGGCAAACCCUCGAACAGAUUUUUGAAAUCUAACCGCCCACUAAAGCCUCAACUAGACCAAUUUAAAGUAGCAGACAUAACAUAUUAUGUGAAGCGAGUGUUCAACUGUGCGGAGCCAGACAUACGACACACAAUUACUAUGAAGUGUGCUGAAAUCGACAGAAUUGUUAAAAAGAGAAGAUUGUCCAAGACUAAUUUAGAUUAGUUUGUGUAGUAUCCUAAAUAAAUAUUAUAUGUUAUUGUAUGUUUUUAUAUAUGUAAGAGUAGAAAUAUAUAAGAGUAGAUUUUGUAUUGAUUAAUAAAAUAUGAAUAAGUCAAAAAAAAUUGUGAUAAUAUGAAGAUUCUUUCUACAUAAUGUCAUCGACAAAGUUCCGCAAAAUAAGUGUAUAAUGUAUUAGAUAAGCCUGAGGGCUAUUUUUUGCAGUAAAAGUUAUUCGGUUCUUCGUUUAUAUGUCAAAAUAACUUAUUUAACUUCCUUAGGUUGGGUUCUUCGUUCGUUCGUCAGUCCGUCCCUACGUGCCAUAAGUGUGGUAAAAAGGAUAAAGUGGAUUUUGUGCGUCAAUUCAUUACUAUGGAUAAGGCUUGGAUAUAUCACCUUGAUCCUAAAUCAAAACAAGAGGCUAAAGUGUGGUGUGAACCUGGUGAUUCGGCUUCGAAACGAGUUCGUGUUAGGAAAUUGGCUAAGAAGGUUAUGACAUCCGUUUUUUUGGGAUGCUAGAGGAAUUUUGUUUGUGAAUUACUUGCAAACUGGUAAAAUAAUUAAUUUUGAAUAUUUUUCCAACUUUUUGGACCAAUUGAAGGCCAAUCAGGACAAUGUAUGCGUGGCGAGCGUUUUUCAUUAAAUGAAGAGGUCAUAAAAGCUGUUGAAGCAUAUUUUGUAGACCUUUUGGGAUUCUGACUUCCGGGAUAGAAUCCACAGAUUGGAUGAUCAUUGGAGCAAGUAUAUUAAUAUUCAGUAAGAUUAUACUGAAUAAUAAAGUUCAUUUUGAAUCAUGAACUUGCGUUUUUUCUUAUCAAACGGCAAAACUUAUUGAAUAACCUGGUAUUUACCUUUCUCUUGUGCUAUUCUAACCCUACAGAGUAUUAUAGUUUUGUUCACCUAACGGUUGUUAAUACCACCUAAAGCUAAGCGAGACAGAUAUAGUGUUACAUAUACUUAUAUAAAUGAAGGGGGUGACGAGAAAAGUUGAAAUCCGGUUAACUGUGUGUCUGUCCGUUCGUCUUCUGGGCGACUUUGCACCGCAUAUAUCGGCCAAUAUGUGAGUUACCCCUUAUGAACAUGAAAGAGCCUGUUUUACUUAUAAGAGUGCAUCUUUGUGUCUCAAAUAGAAAAAUUUGAGAGAAAACUCCUAUAUAACUAAUAUCAGGAUUUUCGAACCUCCGGCUCGUUUUACUCUAUAUGAUUGGUUUUACACUUUAAAACUAUUUCCCUGGCUUUGAUUCCUGCAAGUUGCAACGGUAUAA